GUUAAUAGGGUUGUUGUUGAGCUUGAAAAAGGUGGAAACUUUAUGAUUUUUGAUGAUGUGUGUACCCUAAAAUAGUUAAUUGGAUUGUUGUUGAGCUUGAAAAAGGUGGAAACUUUAGGAAUUUGGAUAAUGUGCUUACCAUAAAAUUGUUAGUCACUCAUGUAUUAAGAGGUGUAUUACCAUCUAGACAUUUGUGAAAAUUGUUUAGUUUUUUGGGGAAUUCCGAGUGUUCUGUUAGACGAUGUAAAAACAGCAUGAGUGAGUGGAAGAUUGGUUCAAGUCUUACUGACAAAUUGGCUCCUUGCUCGUUGGAGUUCAUUCUUUACUAUAUGUAGAGCCUGUUUGAAUUUGUGAAGGUAGAUUUAACACAUAAGAAUAUCUUUGCUAAGAAAAUUGAUGAAAAACUUUAGGGACAAAAAGAAGGAUUCACAUGAUAUUCAUUGACUUGGAAAAAUAAUAUGUAAGUUUCAAGAGAAUCUUAUUGGUGGGUACUUGAAUGAUAAAAUAAAUGAAGAUGCAGCACAUAAAAUUAAAACAGGAUGGCUGAAAUGGAGGAGUAUUCCACUGCAGGGUGUCUUUUCUUUGGUGUGUAUUACUAUCUGUUUCUGCAUUUGUUUUGUAUCUUGCUAUUUUGCUGGUUAUUUUCUUACAAUCUUGCAUCGGAUACCUUUCUUUUGAGCCGAGGUUCUACCUCACAAAGGUAGGGUAAAGGUUUGUGUACAUCCUACCCUCCCCAGACUCCACUUGUGUUAUUACACUGGGUAUGUUGGUGGUGAAAGUAAGGUUGUCUUUCUUCCAAUUUUGUGUCUUGCCCCUUCUGGUAUAAGUAUUCUAAUUGUUGGAAGUGAAAUAUGCCAGAGCAUGCACAUGUGUGUGUAUUGAGAGAAAGAAAAAGGUAUCCAAGAAAUAUAAGCACUGGGUUGUUUUCGUUCCACUUUGGUUGUUUCAUGUGGUUGUAGCAAGGGGUAGAUUCUCAUUACCUGCUCCAUCAAUGCCUCAUGAUCGACAUUGGGCACCAUUUCAUGCUGUCAUGGCGACACCGCUGCUUGUUGCUUUUGAACUACUUCUUUGUAUUCAUCUCGACAGCACCUAUGCUGUAAGUUUGAAGAUUGUGUUCUUUCCCCUGCUUGCACUUGAAAUUGCUAUCUUGGUUGAUAAUGUUAGAAUGUGCAGGGCGCUGAUGCCUGGAGAUGAAGAAAGCAUGAGUGAUGAGGCUAUAUGGGAGACCCUUCCUCACUUCUGGGUUGCAAUCGCUAUGGUCUUCUUCAUAGCAGCUACAGCAUUUACACUUUUGAAGAUUUGUGGAGAUGUUGCUGCUCUUGGGUGGUGGGAUUUAUUCAUUAACUACGGUGUCGCAGAAUGCUUUGCCUUUCUUAUCUGCACGAAAUGGUACAACCCUGCAAUCCACAGACAGUCGAGUCUACGUACACCCAGCUCUUCUAUAACAAGCAUGCGAUCUCUUAACUGGAACAGUGGAUUUCUUGCAUCUGUGGAUGAAGAUGAUCAGCAUAGUGGAAUAUGCAGUUUGCAGGAUAUUGGUGGUCAUGUGAUGAAAAUUCCUCUUGUUUGUUUCCAGCUAUUGCUUUUUAUGCGCUUAGCGGGGACCCCACCAAGUGCUAAAUUUAUCCCAAUUCCUGUUCUGUUUAUUCCUCUUUUCCUACUUCAAGGAGCUGGUCUUUUAUUCUCUGUUUAUAGACUUGUGGAGACAAUUAUUCUUCUGGUUGAUGGUGAAGGUGGUGUUAGAAGCUAUUUUAGGGUGUCUUCUGUUAUUCGUGAUUCUUUCAGUUGCAUGCGUCACGGGUCAAGGUUGUUAGGUUGGUGGUCAAUUGAUGAAGAAAGCCGAGAGGAACAAGCUCGUCUAUAUUAUCCAGGGACAUCUGGGUACAAUACUUUCUCACCUGAUACUGUAAAGCAAAUGCCUAGAGCGAAGCUUGCUGAAGAGAUAUGGAGACUACAAGCAGCACUUUGUGAGCAAUCAGAUAUCACACAAUCAAAACAGGAAAAGUUCGAAAGACUUCAAAAUGAAAAAAUUCUAUGUAGAAUUUGCUUCGAGGAACAUAUAAAUAUUCUCCUCCUUCCUUGUAGGCAUCACAUCCUCUGCAGUACCUGUUGUGACAAGUGCAAGAGGUGUCCCAUCUGCCGUAUGUUUAUAGAAGAACGUUUACUUGUAAAUGAUGUGUAGUUACUAUAGUUUCCCCCGAGCUUUUCCUUUGAUCAGACGAACAUGUUAGAUGGUGAAAUGCGGUUUUAUUGAGUCAUGUCACCACAAGUACAUUGUUUUAUCUGAUUUCAUAUGUGUAUUCGUCUGAAUCGAGUUGUGUCUGUCUUGUGAACUGUCUAUAUUAUCCACAAGAUUAUUGUAAUUCUGGCAAUAGAUUAUGUAAAGCAAUUGUUAUAUCAGUUCUGUGCAUAUUUUCUCUGAUCUAUCAAAUGUAUGAUGGCAUUUGACAUUUUUACCAUUUGUAAUCUGAAGUUGGAAAAUAUGCACAGAAUAUUUGGUAUGAAGGAAAAUGUAUUCCUUCAUACCAUUUUACAGUA